GUAGUACACAUUGAGAAUUCUGUUUCACGCAAGCGCAGUUAAUAAUAAGGAAAACUGGAACCUGAAUAAACCAAAUGUGGGGCUUCUCUGUUUGGAGGAGAUGUAUUCAUUGCUCGCUGAGUGUGAUGAAGAAGCUGAAGGGGAAAACUGCAGCAGAGCAGCGCUGGGUUCUGAGGCAGCUUAAAGACCCGUAUGUCAAAGCUUCACACGCUCAGAACUUUCGGUGCAGAAGCGCCUUCAAACUCCUGGAAAUAGACGACAAGUUCAGGCUUUUACAGCCCGGAUACAGUGUGGUGGACUGCGGUGCUGCGCCUGGAGCCUGGAGCCAGGUGGCUGUGGAAAGGGUCAACUCUGCUGGGACAAGUAGACAUGGCUUGCCACGUGGAACAGUUAUUGGCAUUGAUCUGCUCAACAUACCACCACUGGACGGUGCCCACUUCCUCUCUAGUCACGAUGUCACCCACACCGCCACGCACGCCAAGCUGCUGGAGCUGCUCCCCCAGGGUCAGGCUCACGUCAUCCUGAGCGACAUGGCGCCCAACGCCAGCGGCUUCAGAGACAUGGACCACGAGAGACUGAUCACCAUGUGUUUGUCUCUGAUAGACUUGGCUGAGAUGAUUCUGCUGCCUCGAGGCUCUCUGCUCUGCAAAUACUGGGAUGGAGUUCUUUCUCAUCAGCUCCAGGAGAAACUCUCAUCUGUGUUCCACAGUGUUCGGAGCAUAAAACCAGACGCCAGCAGAAAGGAUUCAGCUGAGAGAUAUUUCCUUGCUAGAAUGUACAAGAAGCCUGUAAAGUGAUAUUUGUUGUCCUUUAUUUAAGAGAUGACUGAAGUGCUUGACUGUCUCUCUGAUCAGUGAGCUGUUUGAACAUAAAGAGGUUUACUUAGUGGCUGUUAUCAAAAGAUGGCAGUGUUGAGACAUCAGUGAGGCUUGCUGCUCCAGGCACAAAUGCAAGCAUAUUAAAGACUGCGAUGUGCGUCUGUGCCCUGCAAACCUAACACAGUAGCAGAACUUAAUCAGUGAAAUGAAAACCUAUGCAAGAAUCAGUGAGAUUCCUCAAGAGCAUUUUUUCUUAUUAUUGCCCCCAGUAGCUGUUCCACACUCUCUUUUUAGUAUUUGCUUUGAUGCAGAAAGUCGUUUAGCUCCGAUGCCCAUGGUAAUAUUGUGCACUUCCAGCCAUGUGCAGUUGUUCUGUUAUGAAGAACAUAUAAAAGGAAAAAUCAUUUCUAAGUGUCAUGUACAGUGUCACUAAUGGAAAGUGGGAUGACAGUAAAGAUGGCAUGUGUGUUGUACGCCUUUGCUGUCUGACUGAGGAAACAUCAAUGUCAUUGUCAGUAUUUUUUUUUUUUUACUAAUGAUGGAUUUUAAUUUAUCUUCCAAUUUUACCUUAAUCACUGCCAAAACACAUCACAAAUAAGCUCAAGUUAACUUGUCUUUUUCCACCAGAUUAAUUAAAUUAUUAAUAAACAGAAUAUUCUGCUGUGUAA